GAUGUAUAAUGAAAUGGAGAAGAGGAGUGAGGGAAAAUGCAAACAGACGAUUAUUAUUAUUAUUUUUGUCUUUUUUUUGACGUAGAUUUAUAAAUUCUCAACAGGCAGUCGACAAACAUGAAAAUGGUUCAGUGGAAAAAAAGUGUCCUAACACAAAAAGGUAUUUUUGUCGAAGGCCAUGGGUGACACGAUGAUAAAAAUCUUAAAAAAUGCAAAUGUAAAUCAUUUUGUUCCGCUCUAUAUAAAGUAAACUGAGACACAAUGCUGAGCAUCAGUGCAUCAUCUGAAGAUGAUCAUAACAGUGUUUUGGUUUCUUCUAAUUCUUUUCGGUUUGUGUUGCGUCUAUGAUUGCGUGAAACCCAACAACUUUCCACCUGGACCAAGAUGGCUGCCUUUAUUAGGUUGUUUCCUAAUAUUUCGGGAAAUUCGAAAGAAAACUGGAUACAAUCAUUUGGCAUUUCAAGAGCUCGCGAAUUAUUAUGGACCAGUUCUUGGGAUGAAGUUUGGAAAACAGAAAUUUGUUAUUAUAUCGAGUCAUGAUCUCGUUAAGAAAGUGUUACUACAAGAAGAUUUCAAUGGAAGGCCCGAUGGUUUUUUUUAUAGACUUCGCGCAUGUGGCGAGAGAAAAGGAGUUUUGUUCACUGAUGGCAGUACAUGGGCGCAGCAUAGAAGAUUCACGAUGAAACAUUUGAAAACGUUUGGCCUGGGACAGAUGACAAUGGAAAGCUAUUUAAUAUUCGAAGCUGAAAAUCUCGUGGAAAAUCUUAAGUGCCGAAUGACAAAUGGUCCGGUUGCAAUGCAUAGAGCAUUUGACAUUGCCGUUCUCAAUUCACUCUGGACAAUGUUCGCCGGACAUCGUUUCGAUUACCAGGAUCAGAAACUGCAUAAUAUUUUAGAGGUCGUACAUAAAUCAUUCAGAUUGACUGACACAUUGGGCGGAAUUGUGUCGCACAUGCCGUUUCUUCGCUUCGUGAUACCGGAACUCUCAGGCUACAAAGAAUUGAGUACCAAUAUAAAAAAACUGUGGGAAUUCAUUGGAUAUGAAAUCGAUUCACAUGAAAAGGAACUCACGAGUGAUGUGCCAAAAGACCUCAUUGAUGCUUUCCUCCUGCAGAUAAGAAGCCAAAAGGAUUCUGAACAGCAACACGAUUCGAUAUUUAACAGAGAAGAUUUAUUGAUUUUAUGCCUGGAUCUUUUUUUGGCUGGGUCGAAAACAACAACGGACACAUUGGCAAUGGUGUUUUCAUUUUUGCCACAACAUCCGGAAUGGCUGAAAAUUCUUCAAGACGAUCUAAACGAAGUCGUUGGAAGAAAUCGUGCGCCUCGUUUGUCCGAUCGUCCAUUGUUGCCACGAGUUGAUGCCUUUCUUGCCGAGGUGCAGAGAUAUUUGAUCUUGGCUCCUUUGGGUGUUCCUCACAGGACAAUGAAGGAUGUCUCAUUAAAUGGCUACCGAAUUCCACAGGACACUGUGGUUCUUCUCAAUUUCUACAGUGUUAAUAAUGACAGAAGGUAUUGGGAGAGUCCGGAAGAAUUUCGUCCCCAACGAUUUUUGGACGAAAACGGUCUGUACCGACAAAAUAAUGCGGCAAUGCCCUUUGGACUAGGUAAAAGACGCUGCCUGGGUGAAACUCUAGCCCGCUCGUCUCUCUUCCUGUUCUUCACUUACAUAAUACACUACUUCAAUUUCGACAUACCGCCGGAACAUGGUAUCCCAAAUUCAAAUGGUUAUGAUGGAUUUACAAUCUCUCCGAAACCGUAUUAUCUCACACUCUCCCUGAGGUCCGACCCAGAUUCAUCCUCAUUGCCAGAGUGAAGAAAUUCUCAAGCGAAAAUGCAGAUAUGUAUUUUUUUUCCUUUUUCGACAUCUUUAUAUGUGUAUAAUUAAAAAAAAAUUCGCGAAUCUUCCCUUGCAAAAAAAACAAGUAAAACAGAGAGAGUCAUACAAGACCAAGUUUGACUUGCCCGAGUUGUCGAACAACACUUUACGAGAAAGUGAAAGAAAUGAGGGGACCACCUUUUUAUUUACGAUCAACAAAAAAAAGGAAAGAAAAGAUAAACAUCGUGCAUAUGUUCGACUUUUAAGUAUAUAUAUUUAUUCUCAAGUUAUUUCCAUUUAAUGUUAACAUUAUAAUCGAAAUUUAAGGAAAAAAAAUCUAUUCAUUUUUUAUUUAUAUACAGAUUGAGAUAAAACUGUCUUAUAAAUUUCUUGCUCUUUUUUUUUC